GUCUGGGCCGCCAACAACGACUUGCUAAUACUCUGUACCUUCCCGAGUACCUACCGUACCUUAGCUGAAGUGCUAAGUGCGAACGCAAAGGCAGAAAGCGAGGACGGUAAUGAGUGACUGACACCAUCAUCACAAAGGGCCACCCUGCGGCGUGUACUUUGCCUGUGCUGUUUGCUCCCUUGGCCCUUUCCCCCCUUCUCUACCCUUUCUCUUCUCCGAUUCGUGUUUUGUUUGACGACGACACAAGGUCCCCAGACGGCCAUCGACCACCGAACUUGUGAGGUCCUGUCCCAGACAGCAACGCCAUUCCUCGCGUCUGUCUUCGCCUCGGUCUCCCCUAUCGUCGACUCAUUCCUUCCACGUCCUGUCUUGGACCAGACGCUGAAGCAGUCGAGUCGGCCAGCCGGCACCACUACCCGCACUCGAUUGCGCCCCUUACCGUCCCACGUCGAGUGUGCUUCUCCGAGCCCCAAGCGUCCUUCCCGACCAAGAACGCCUCGAGCCUCUUCGCUGCCGAACCACCUUCGACGCCUUCUCUCAACCCUCCACAAUAGAGUGGGCAGUGCCUUGUAGUCGACUAUCAGGGCCCUCUCGCUUGCUUUUUGCGCCUCGCGACUGUCUACUUCGAUUCUCGUCAUGUCUUGUGGUCUGGCUCGCCUGUAGUCCUGGCCUUUUGCCAGACAACCUGGCUUUCGCUCGGUUUCUAUCGAGUGGAACCACUUCGCGACAAUUCGCGACCUGCAGCAACAUCCCCCAAAGAACGAUCUUAACCUGCGAACACGAACAAACACCAUUCAGUCCGUCAGUCCUCGCUCGCCGAGACGAACCACAUCGGCCAAUGAGAUCGCCACCAUUGGGGAUUUCACCCGCCUCCCUCCCACAAUGGAGUCACCCCAACUCAACAUGCUAGCGCCCCCGGCCGUGACCGCCCUCAGGUCACAGGCCGGUGUUAUGGAACGAUCCCUGAGCGAAGAUAUCAGAGAAGAAAGAGAGGAAUUGCGCGAGGCUGCCGAGCAGACUCUGAAUGUAAUUCUUGACCUCAACCUUGACGGCACCAUCCGCUGGGUCAGCCCCUCGUGGGCCGAUGUGAUUGGGACUCAGCCCGAUUCUGUCAGAGGGACCGCGAUAGCCGACUUGAUUGUUAGCGAUAACAAGACGGCAUUUGCGGAUACCGUAGAGUCGAUGAAAUCAGACGACUCCCGGAGCCAGAGGGUUCGCUUCGCAGUAUCAAUGGGCCCCUUGUCCAGAUUGCUUUCGAUCGAUAAUCUCCAUGCGCAGGAACUGAAUGGAACCGACGAACCCGUAUCCGAGGCCAUUGACCUGGAAGCACAAGGGAUUAUGGUCUAUGACGGCGCCUCGGGAGGAGAGAGUCAUACGAUGUGGAUGAUACGGCCCUAUAUCGCCCCUAGAGAAAUCAAGAUCGACCUUCCCGCUGUCAUUGUUGACUCUCUUGGUUCCGGCGCCGAGGUCCUCGCGAGCUACCUUACGCAGCUGGCCGAGUCUGGUGUUGACGAUCCCGAAAACCACCCUCCUCCCCUGCCAGUCUUGUGCCGAAUCUGCGAGCGGCAAAUCUCACCAUGGUGGUUCGAAAAACACACCGAUUUAUGUUUGCAGGAGCACAGGGCAGAAAUGGAUGUGCAAAUGGCACAAGACAGUCUGACGGACCACCGACACUCCAUUGUCAGGGUUCUCGACGCCCUCGAAGCAAGAAAAAGCCGACCUUUGGCAGGCGACCAGCUCUCCGGCCCAGCCGCUGAGUACAAGGGCCUGCCGAUUGGCCCUCCUCUGUCGGCCCAGUCAUCGCCAGGCAGUUCGGUGUCACAGUCUCGUGAGAGAUCGGGUGGUUUUGGUCAUUCACGAGCUCGUUCUUUCGCCAUCAGACGUCCUCAGGCAAGGAUUGUGGAGUUGCUCCUCGACCUAUGCGACACCGCCAUCGAGAUCAGUACUCCGGCGGUGAAGGAGGCUUCUUCUCAAAACCCUGGCGAGAUCAGAACGCAGUCUCCCCAAUCCGAGUCGCGCAUCUCACAGGUUAUGCAAUGGCAGUCGCCUAGUACUAACACGUUGGAACAGGAGCAGGGUCUCGCUCUGCUAUGCGCUGACACCGAAAAGGCCGCCAAAACGAAGGUGGAAGCCGUCUUCAGACACCGUAAGAUCAUUGAGUAUGCCGAGCGCAUUAGGAUCGAGUUCGCCGUCAUUGUUCAGGACUGCAUUGAUGAGGCGAUGCGCAAAGCAGCUCGAAUUGCUGCCGGACGUCUCAGCGACUCUACCGAGGAGGAGGACGAGGACUCGGGGGCCACGCCCGCACAGGAGGAACUCUUCUUUCAGGGUUCCUUCGAGAACCCUUCGGCCCUCGCAGUUGCGUUGCAAAACGCCAAUCUUAGCGACAGAACCCGUCCGGCUUCUUUUGUCGAAUCUGCGCGGUCAGCCAGUCCCAGAGAAUGCCCGACGCCGAAAUCCAACCUAGGAGGCAUCACUUCAGCCGCGCCGGCCCGUGAGUCUAGGCGAGAGUCAUUGCUUUUCGAGAGCGACAACGGAGACAGCGAUGGAAGCAUCCGCUCGUCUUCCGUGACCUCGCGACAACCGCCUCGUACCGAUUCUCCGAUAUCCGAGUUUGGAGACCUCCGUCGAGCCGCCAGUUCCAGACAACACCACCGAAGGAGUAUCAUUCUGCCUGGCACCUCUUCGCCCCGAAGACAAGAAUCGCCUUCGCGCCUCAACCAGCCAUCCUCUCCACUCCGCAUCAUCAAGCCGCGCAACUUCCCGUUCCCUCACGAUGGCAUCACGUCCCCCGAGGCCUCGCCGCUACUCCCAGGAAGCGACUUCAGCUCUCCAGCUCAUUUGCCAGCGAACCAUCACCGCCGACAGUCAUCCGCCGCGAUGUCCGAGUUCGUGAUGAAGGGCCCGCCGUCCCCAAGAUUGGCUGCCCAUCAGCCUCCGCCACAAGCACGACCAGCGCCUCCAUCCAUCAAAGACUUCGAGAUUAUCAAGCCAAUUAGCAAAGGAGCCUUUGGCAGCGUCUACCUGUCGAAGAAGAAGUCGACCGGUGAGUACUUCGCCAUCAAAGUGUUGAAGAAGGCGGACAUGGUUGCCAAGAACCAGGUCGGCAACGUCAAGGCUGAACGCGCCAUCAUGAUGUGGCAAGGCCAGAGCGAGUUCGUUGCCAAGCUCUACUGGACUUUCUCCAGUAAGGAUUACCUAUAUCUCGUCAUGGAAUAUCUCAACGGUGGCGACUGUGCAUCUCUCAUCAAGGUACUCGGCGGUCUUCCGGAAGACUGGGUAAAGAAAUACUUGGGUGAAGUGGUUCUGGGCGUGGAACACCUUCACAGCCGAGGCAUCAUCCAUCGCGACCUUAAACCAGAUAAUCUGCUCAUCGACCAAAAAGGCCACUUGAAGCUCACCGAUUUCGGACUGUCACGCAUGGGCUUGGUCGGACGACAAAAGCGGGCGCUCAACAGCCAAAAUUCGGAUCCUACACCUGAUCUCCUCAAGCAGGGCCCAUUUGUACGUUCGGCGUCUCUGGCAUCGUCUCGCUCUACCUCGUUGGAUCUUCACGGACAUGCCCACUCGCCCAGCAUGACACCGCAGAUGACACCCGAUACCGGGUCUAGUGGCGGACAACCCUCCUACUUUGCCCUCGGAGGCCCAGAGGCUCGACGCGUCUCCAGCCACCGUAGUGACAGCGGCGGGAGCGAAUCUCUUGCGCGCAUGCUCAACAGCUUUUCGCUGAACGAGCAAGAACACAAUCCGCCGGCCCAAAUCUCGCACCCGGCGCAAGAAGAUACAAGUGACAGCCCCGGCCAAGCCUCGCCGGACAUGGCGGCACUCCACCAUGCCAGCACUCACUCUAGUGUCGAUUUUCUGGGCAAAAGCACACCUCCUCAGUCAUCAAUGAUGCCGCCCCCGAUGGCUCUGUUCGAUCCGGAAGAUACCAACCGCCGUUUUGUAGGAACACCCGACUACUUGGCGCCCGAGACAAUCAAGGGAGAAAAGCAGGACGAAUCCAGCGAUUGGUGGUCCGUCGGAUGUAUCAUGUUCGAGUUUCUCUACGGGUUCCCACCCUUUCAUGCCGACGAAGCUGAGGAAGUGUUUGAGAACAUUCUCGCACGCAAGAUUCAGUGGCCCGACGAAAACGAGUGCGAGCCCGUCUCCGAGGAGGCAAAGGAUCUCAUCAACAAGCUGCUCUGUAUGGAACCCCAGUCACGACUUGGCGCCAACCGAGAGGAGAAAUUCCCCUGCGGCGGCGACGAGAUACGUAGUCACCCUUGGUUCGAGGGCAUCAACUGGGAGACUCUGCUCCAAGACGAGGCUCAGUUUGUCCCACAACUCGAGCACCCCGAAGACACGGAAUACUUUGACGCCCGCGGGGCCGUCUUGCAGUCUUUUGCUGAAGAGAUGGAAGAUCAGCUGUCGCCGCCCGUCUCCGGCACGGGCUCCGACUACCAUGACCGACCCCACGAUGCUCUGUCUCGUGUCCGAUCCCAAGUCAAUUCGAUCAAGCGCAACUUGAUGCCCCUUCACAUCCCUCCGCAUGUUAGAGACCUUAAGAGCAGACGACUUAGCGAGCCCGUAGUUGCGGAUGAUUUCGGCAGCUUUGCCUUCAAGAACCUUCCCGUGUUGGAGAAGGCCAACAAGGAUGUCAUUCAAAAACUUCGGGCAGAGGCAUUGGCAUCCCAGAGCAAACCGACUGUCAUCAGCCCUGGCGGCAGUGUCACUUCCCCCGGGCCUGCACUUGAGGGGAGCCCAGUGUUAUCCAACCCGGUACAGCGCACCAUUUCAAAUGCGAAGAACCGGCCACAAUCACCGUCUGGUUUGAGCCACGCCAACUCGUCCCCCAGCAGGGCUUCUCAGCCGUCGUCGCCUCUUCUUGUCUCAUUUGUCGCUGGCCAAGGCAGUGAGGGGAGACGCAAGGCAUCCAGUAACUCAUCGAGUCUCUCGCAACAAUCGACUGUGUCCCACCAGCCCACGUCCCUUGAUAUACCGCGAGUUCCGCCAAGCCUGCAGAAGGCAGCAACGAGUGCCUCCGCCUCGCCGGUAAAGGCGCGUGGCUCGGGGCCACCCCCACCGUUGGCUCUUUCGCCCCAGAAAAUGGUAUCGACUCCCAGGCAGGCCUCGAGCAGUCGAUCAAGGUCCCUGACGGUGGGUUCGCAAUCCCAAGAAGGCAGCCCGAUCACUUCGGAUGUGCUGUCGCAUCACCGCAAUCGUCGCAGUCAGGUGUUCGACAUGUCCCCUUCCUCGUCCGAUAACGAGGGCGACAAACAUAAUGCGCUUCUUCGGGUGCAGCGGCGUCGCCAGAGCUCCCGUCGCCUCUCUCAAAUUGCCUUUGAUGGCGGUCCGAUGUUCCGACCAUUGGACGUUUUGAUCUGUGAGGACCAUCCGGUUUCUCGCAUGGUUAUGGAAAAACUGCUGGAGAAGCUGCGCUGCCGAACAAUCUCAGUGGCCAACGGAUCCGAGGCUGUGAGAUAUGCUAUGAGCGAGAUCAAGUUCGACAUCAUCUUCUUGGAGUACAGGUUGCCUCAGAUCAACGGCGCCGAUGUGGCUCGAAUGAUUCGGGAGACUAAGAACACGAAUUCCCAUACACCCAUCGUCGCCAUCACGGCCUAUCUCAAGGAGCUUCAAGCUCCGCACUACUUCGAUUCCCUGAUUGAGAAGCCCAUUUCGAGUUCUAAGUUAACCGAGGUCCUCAAGAAUCUCUGCCAGUGGAAGCCAGAGUCGCCUGGCAUCAACUACUCAAUGUCCCUGGGCCACUCCCAUCCCGUUCCGUCCGGCCUUCGCCAGACCAGUUCGCGAGCAGAUGACAGUCCGACUUCGAGUUCGUCCUUGUACGCUGGACGGCCGGGCAGCAGUUUGAUCACCUCGAGUAGAGAGGACUCUAUCAGCUCCAGUCUUUUCGGAGACUCCGAGUCGGUGUCAACCGAUGAUGUGCCAGUGGUCAUCAGUCGAAAGGCGACUGGCGAUUGGGACGGAGCCGGACUAGGCAUCAGUCAAGAUGAGAUUUUGCACCCAUCAAAUUCGCCUAAGUCACUGCCACAUCUUGUCACGCAGCAGUCCGCACCUGGUCAACUAGAGCAUCCUCGAAGGCCAGCACCUCAGCACUCUGUGGAGAAGCUGAAGGCGAGAAAGGAGCACAUGGAGAAGCGCCUCGCCGAAGGGACGGACUCGGCCGAUGAUGAAGACGAAGAGCUUGGCCUCGGUCGAGACAAGCUAUUCCGAGGCAAGCCUCUGCUGCCUAGCUCGAAGCUCGGAAUCGAGAUGAUGAGGGCCGAUAGCCACGACAGUGCUACGAUCGGGUCGGAAAGCACCCCAGAGCCUAUCACGCAAGUCGUCACACCUUCGAAGGAGAUGGACAUGCCUUCAUACGACGCGCUGCAGGGUGCAACCACGCGAACCCCCCCCGACAGCGGUGUCGGCUCGGAAGACAAGACUCUGGUCCCUGAUGUCGACGAAACGCCGAAACCGCAGCCUACGAACCGAGACGAUGUCGCAGAUGAGGAGCCGACACCGCGGCCCUUGGAAAGGUCUGGGUUGUUGGGGAGCCAGUAGAAUGGAAUCGCACGCCGCAACGACGAGGGUCACACAGAUACACCCGCCCCCGGAGGCCAUGACGAUUGGGCCGUUUCAUGCAAUAUGGAAUAUGUUUCCUGUUUCUCUCCUAUUUCCUUUUCCUUCUCUUUUCCAAUCAGUCCUUUUCCCGACAGCGAGGCGUUUAGUGGGGAUAACAGCGACACGCAGACUGCAUCAUUUCCUUGAGUUUGUCACAGUUUAGUGAGGUUUUGGCGUUUUUGGGUUCAACUGAGAUAUUUCAGUCUGGAGCCCCUCGGUGGAUGCCGAAUCAACACCGGGAGGGAGGGCUUCUACUUCAGCUGUUACUGCAUUUGCGACGCAAGGCAGACACGAGGAUGUUACGUUGCCUUGCAUGCCAACUUUCAUUAUUGCGCACAAAAAUAUUUUUCCUUGGACGAUCACUGCGCACACCACUACUCCGGACCUUUUUUUCUUCUUCCUUUCUAUAUUGUUCAGUGUCUACACAAUUUAGGCCUUCUCCUACUUACUGCAUCUUGGUCAUGAAAAAGGGACAGGCGGGAUCAGGGUCCCUGGCACGUCGGGGUUCGAGCCUUAGCAACUCGAUUCAUGAUACAGAAAGAUGCAGACUGCGCAGGCAUAGUUUCAGUCGCCAAGUAUGUUAAAACAGUAUCAUUGCGACGAGCAAUAGGAGGGCUCUCGGAUCGAAUUAUUGCGUCCAGGUCAUUUGUACUUUGGUCCAACGACAUGGCCACCAAAAAGCCGGGGGAGUUACGGCUGAAACAAAAAAAAAUUAAAAGUCUUACAAAACAAGAUUGAAUACAAUAUUCUCAGAUUGCAC